UAUGUAUUACACCGACCAGCGGUUCCGAAGAUACUUCCGGAGAGAGGCAAAUGCCUACUCUCACCCGGGAAGAUGGGGGGAAAAAAGGGCGCCACGCUCUACGGUGGCUGGGAAGGACUCCUCUCCUAAAAUCUUCUGCUGGAACGGCCCUCCAGUCACGUGGGCCAAUCACCGGGCUCAGUCUCUUCUGGAAGGCUCCCGGAAGGAGGUUGGUGGCGGCUGUUUGACUGUGGCGGCGGGAGCGGAAUGAGUAAAAGCCGCGUCGAGCUGGCUGCAGCCCCUGGGGUUGUCCUGAGUUACUUGCAGGAACAGAACCGGCCCUACAGCGCCCAGGAUGUGUUCGGGAACCUGCAGCGGGAUCAUGGGCUCGGCAAGGCGGCUGUGGUGAAGGCUCUGGAGCAGCUGGCACAGCAGGGCAAAAUUAAGGAGAAGGUGUACGGCAAGCAGAAAAUCUAUUUUGCAGACCAGGAUGCAUUUGAUACUCUGAGUGACACAGAUCUCAAAGGCCUUGAUGAUGAAAUUCUGUCUCUCACUUCCAAAGUCCAAAGUGUUCAGCAGAGCUGCCGUCAAAUGGAAGUUGAGCUAAAAGAACUGACUAGCUCCCUGACUACACCAGAAAUGUGUAAGGAAAUUGAAGAGUUAAAAAAAGAAUGUGCCAGUUACACAGAGAGGCUGAGUAAAAUCAAAGCAGCUACCAACCAUGUGACUCCAGAAGAAAAAGAAAAGGUGUAUCAGGAGAGGCAGAAGUACCACAGAGAGUGGAGGAAGCGGAAGAGGAUGGCAACUGAACUGUUUGAUGCAAUCCUGGAAGGUUACCCCAAGAGUAAGAAGCAAUUUUUUGAAGAAGUUGGAAUAGAAACAGAUGAAGAUAACAACAUCGCCUUUCCAGAUCCCUGAGGUACCUCUCCAUGUAACAUUGGAGAGGCAG